CAUUUUGAAGGAGCAGAUCUACCUGAAGCCACAAAUCAGGACCUGGACUUGUUGAUGGAUGAGCAAGACCAGUUUAGACACGAUUUGGAGGAGCAGCUGGGAGAUGGGAAAGACAGGAGCAGAGACCUCAUGUCGUCCAUUGACCAGUUGAGGGAGUCUGUGGGGCCUCAUCGGGACAGUAUGUGGCUGCAGGAGGAGGACAUGGGACAGAUGGUGGAGCACCCAAAGGCCCCUCUGUCUCAAGAGAUGACUCCUGUACACGUGACCAUGCCCAUCUCUCCCACCGCCAAGGCAGAAGAGAGACCAGUUACACCCGGUCAUGUUACAGGCGUGUCUCUAUAUUAUUAUAUGAUCAUAAUUUCCAACAAUGUUUCCUUUAUGUCAUGUUACUUAUCAUGUUUUGUUGUUGUUUUUCUUUGUCCUCAGCUGAUCACCCGUCCUGUUCGGAAACAAGGUGGAACUCGCAGACGGCAGCUCAUUUUUGCCGAUGCUGAAGUCCAGAUUUCAAAUAAAGAAAUGAAAGUGCAGCUUGAGAAUCCUCAGGCAGAGACCCUAAAUGUGUCUGACAUCUUGAUGAACUUUGCCUCUGUGACGAAGCACUCCACUCCUGCACAACUCUUCAACGCCCCCUGUGGAAACCUGAUCCACUCCGACCUGAAGUCCCUUUGGAAAACCAGCGCUGUGCUCACGUCCUUCACUGGACCCGAGGAGGAGGUCCCAGGGGAGGAAGAGGAGCAGGAGAGAGAGAUAAUGAUGACGGAGAGGAAGAGGAGACACUCAACCAUGAAAGAGAUGUCCAGUGACUCAGGACUUCUGCCUGUGGACGGAUCAUCUGCACUGGAUGUGUUGUUGGACAUGUCUAAAGAGGACAAAUCUGUGAGUGAUGCCAUCACCCCCGCCAGCAGAUGGUCGCCUCAGGAGGAGCUGCCACCUGUGAUGGAGCCGAUCGCAGAAGAAAACAUAGAGAUGCCCGAGGAGCAGACGGAGGGACAGAGCAGUGAGAUGAUCAGUUGGAUCUGUUCCCAUCUGCAGAGGUCUGGAGAAGUCGCCUUUGACUCGCUGCUGCCCCCAAAGGCCAACCGCAGCACUGCAGCUCACACACUCUGCAGACUGCUGGAGCUCCUCUCUGCUGGACGAGUGAAGGUACAACAGGCCGAGCCCUACCACCAGAUCCUCAUCAGCCCAUUAUGAACUCAAAAAUGGGACUUUGAC